AUGCCUAGGGAUACAGAAGUGAAGUUUCAUAAUGAUGAUUUUGUAAAGAGCACCCCAAUCCCGUGCGCUGAAUUUGACCAAUUCAAGAUGAAACUACGAAUCCAAAUCCAAAACUUCCGAGGAAGGAGUAUCAAGCUUCUUCUUCUACUCGUUGCUGUGGCGAUUCUGUAUAACGUUUGCGUAGCUGAAAGCAAUGAAAGAGUUAUAUACAUCAAUGGAGGCACAGAUUCUGUGGUUUGGGUGGUUCAGCUUUCUGAUCUUCAUUUCAGCGUUCACCAUCCAAACAGAGCCCUUGAUUUCACCAAACUUGUGGGGCCCGCUCUCUCCCUCAUCAACCCCUUCCUCGUCCUCAUCACUGGCGACCUCACUGACGGUAAAAGCAAGGAUUUGCUGACAAUGAAGCAGAAUGAGGAUGAAUGGGUGGAAUACCGGAGUGUACUGGACACUGUUAUUGAGAGAAGUGGACUCCACAAGAACUUGUUCUUUGACCUCAGAGGCAACCAUGAUAAUUUUGCUGUUCCGGUUGUUGGUGGUUCCUUUGAUUUCUUUUCUAAAUACAGCAUCAAUGGGCAGCUAGGAAGAAAUGGGAGUGUCAAUAGUGUAACAGUUGAGACCAAGGAACGGAAACAUCUAUUUGUUGGGUUUGACAGCACGAUGUCAACUGGCUUACGAGGUCCAACCAAUCUUUUUGGGCAUCCCACAGAUCAAUUACUAAAGGAUCUAGACAUGGAACUCUCACAGUGGGAUUUUCAGUCAGAAAAACCAAUUACCAAAAUUUCCUUUGGGCAUUUUCCACUCUCAUUUUCUGCACCCUCUAUUUCCGGAAGGACCUUGGAAGAUGUUUUCCUAAAGCAUUCCAUAUCAGCUUACCUGUGUGGGCAUCUCCAUACUAGAUUUGGUAGGAACUUAAAGCGGCACCAUCGGUCGAGUGAUCAUUUUUCACCCUUGCAGAAAUUUGUUCAGUUCAAUAUGCAUCAGAGUUCAUUUGAAAGUACUAUAAAUUGUUCACUUGGAGUCCCACCAAUUCGAGACUUUUGGGAAUGGGAGAUGGGUGAUUGGAGAAAGAGUAGAGCCUUUCGAAUUUUAGCAAUUGAUAGAGGCCAUGUUUCAUAUGUUGAUGUUGAUUUCAAAUCAGGAACCAAACAUGCAAUUAUAUUACCCACUUUUCCAUUAGACUCUCGCUUCAUGAUAACAUCCUCAUGCCAUCACAACUAUGAAUGUAAAUCUGUGCCCUCUUCAUCUUAUGAGAAAAUUAGAGCUCUGGUGUUUUCUGUUUCUCCAGUUGUAUCCAUUGUAGCUAGGAUCUACGAUUCACAAACUGAAAACCAUGAUUUACUCUUAGAAACACAUAUGAUCAAGCAUGCCGAUGAGAACACCAAGGGGCACCUCUAUCUUGCACCAUGGAAUUACAAAGCCUUUGAGGAUGCUUCUCCUGAUAGAUAUUGGCUUCAAAUUGAAGUAAAUGACAGCGAAGGCAGGUCAACUUUGACUGAAUUGAGGCCGUUUUCUAUCAAUGGUCAUAGCCUCAAAUUUUCUUGGAGCUGGAAGGAGUUCUUGGUCAUGGGAUGUCAAUGGGCUGCCCUUUAUUACCCAUUAUUCUGGUCUGCUCUUUACUUUUUGUUCAUCGUCCUUCUUCUUCCAAAAGCUCUCCUUGUUUUUUCAAAUAAGAUAUACACUUACAAGAACUUCAUUGCCAAUAAAACCUUAGUAAAUGGUGUAUUAUGGUUUCUCCAGGAGCUCUGCAGGAUCCACACAUUAUGGUUUGGUUGGAUAGGAUACCUAUUUUAUCUGAUAUUGUUCCCCUGGUUUAUGGGGCAAGUUUUUACUGAAGGGAAAAAUAUGGUAUACAUGACCUAUAUGGGGUGGGCUGUAGAGAAUUCUAAUGGAAAGGGGAAACUUGAGUAUAUUGGAUCCCCUGAUAUUAUGGUGGUGGUUCUUCCCCAUCUAUUAUUUGUGGUUUUGCCUGCAAUUUUGGUCACUGGGGCUCUGACAGCUGAAAGAGCAAUUUUCCGGGAACAAGUGUUAGCAUUUUUAGGGAAGAAAAAAGAUGAUCCUCGAAUGGACUCUGGAAAAACUGUAUUAAAUGGCCACCAGAGCAAAAUAGUAUCUAAUGUUCACCUUAGCAAGCGACGGAUUCGGAAGCUUCUGUGUGUGGUGUGUGUGGCAAUAUGUUGGAGACAUUUUAUGAACUGCAGAACUCUUCUAAAAGCUUAUGAGAUGAACCCAGUUCUCCAUUUCCUGGGCUAUGGUAUUUCAGUUCCCUUGUUGUUGGCACAUGCUAUCAGCAAAACCAGAAGUGCUGAAUGA